UAACGCGCCACCAAAUUUCUUCUCUCUACCUAUGCACUUUUUUCCUUUUGUUUGCUUUCUCAUUCCCUUGUAUUCUUAUUCUCUUCUUUGUUUAUGUCUCCUCGUUUUGUCCAGUACUCCUACCGGCCAACAACAGAAAUGUACCCCCACUUCUAUCCUUGUUUGCAUUGCCAUCCCCACAGCUACAUCAGAAUGGUUCAACAUCUUAUAGAAAGAUGCUUGCUUCUUCACAUGGGUAGAGACCAAUGCGUAAAGACGCUUGCAGAGCACGCGAGCAUUCGGCCACGCGUCACACUCACAGUGUGGAGGGAGCUGCAGAAAGAGAACGAGCACUUCUUUCAAGCAUAUUUUCAUGCCAUUUCGCCGAGACCCUUAAUGAGUAGAUCAUAUAAUAUUCAAAGGCCAUCAAAAUUAGCAAGAAGGAGACAAUGGAAUUAGCUAAUUUAUUAAUGAAUUAUACAUGGAAUAUUGUGGUGGAAUUAAUUAAUUAAAGAGAUCAUAAACUGAUCAAGACUAGUAUAUAUGCAACAUAUAUAUUAUAAAUUAUUAUAGCUAGUCUUAAUUUCGAGAUGAAUUGUAGGGUUAAAGACAAUAUUUUUUUUUUUUUUUAAUAAUUCAGAAGCUGCAUGGAUUAUUAGAUAUAUAUUUCAUAAUUAGCUACGAAAGACGUACAUUGGUCCUCUUAUGGUGUCACUUUCAAUGUAAUUGCAAUCUGGAUUAGAUCAUGACAAAAUGUAUGUAUGCAGCCAAACCACUUCAUUUU